UAAUAAUAAUAAUUUAUUAUUUAUAAUACAAUUUAGAAAAAUAAUAAAAAAGAAACAAAUAGGUGAUGCCCUAAUUUUUGUGAAUCCCGCCCGCCCCUCUCUGUCUUCUUCUUCUUCUUCUUCGUUUUAUUCUUCUGGUUAUCGCCGGCAGCAAAUUGUUCAACAUUAUUGUAGAAAAUGAGCAGCGGGGGAGAGAAAAGUUCCGCAACUACCAAAACCCCAGCGGAUUUCCUUAAAUCCAUUCGUGGCCGACCGGUUGUUGUCAAACUCAAUUCUGGAGUGGACUAUAGAGGUAUUCUAGCUUGUUUGGAUGGGUAUAUGAAUAUAGCAAUGGAGCAGACCGAAGAGUAUGUUAAUGGGCAGUUGAAAAAUAAAUAUGGGGAUGCAUUUAUCCGUGGAAAUAAUGUUCUGUACAUCAGCACAUCAAAGAGGACAUUAGCAGAUGGGGCGUAAUAUUUUGCUACGCCAUCAGGCCUUAAGGAUCUGUAUUGUCUUGCAUUUUUCAAUUGUGCUGUCGUGUAUCGGAUUUGGAGUUGAAGAUUAGAAUGGAAUUUACUCUAACUUGGAAACUGUAGCUAAUCGUCUCUUUUCGCUCAAAUUCAUUCAGUGUCUUGUAUUUGAAGAUUUGCGGCUUGUGUACUAAUGAAUGACAUAUUUUAAUACUUGUAAAAAUUGUGGCUUAGGCACAUCUUGUUGAUCCUUCUUUUUCUUUAAUUUAGAUUUUGAAUCUUGCUACUCAAA